CUUAGCAAUUUUGUGAAAACACUUGCCUUUUUAAACCGCUGACCUCAUACUUUUGUCAUUGGCAAGUCUUUCCCCUAUGACGUUGCGCCCUCUGUCGGUGGGGUCCGUCGCUGCAGCCCCUCAGCUGUCCCCUUUCGUCUUCAUUCUUCUCCGCUCUUCUUCGUUUCCUCUUCGCUCUUCUUCGACCUUCCUCGUCGGCCUUCGUGCUUCUCCGUUCUACAUCGCUCUUAGUUCCUGGUUGCCCCACCGCCGCCGAAUAUCCGCGGUGCACCGCCCAACAAGUCCAAAGUUGUCCGAACACGGGAGGAGAGGUGGCCACCUUGACGGGGAGCCCCGAUCCAAGAGGCUGGUGGCACCUCGCCCGAGUAUGUGACGUGCAAGGCGACAGUGAAUUGAGGGCUUUUCGACGAGCGGUUGGAAGCGAAGUCGGCUCUAGCUGUUAGCCACGUAGCGCGUAGCUGCUCCUAGCUCGACAACCGACAGCGCUACCUGUUAGCCACGGCCGCCGCUGGAGAACGGAGCAUGGAGAGCAGGGACAAGGUGCAGAUGCGGAACCAUCCUCGCAGGCAGCUGAAGAAGUUGAGCGAGGACAGCCUGACCAAGCAGCCCGAGGAAGUGUUUGACGUCCUGGAGAAGUUGGGUGAAGGGUCGUACGGCUCCGUGUUCAAGGCUCACUACCGAGAGACGGGAGAGAUCGUGGCCAUCAAACAGGUUCCCGUCGAGUCAGACCUGCAGGAGAUCAUCAAAGAGAUCUCCAUCAUGCAGCAGUGCAACAGCAGUCAUCGUUCUUCCUUGCUGCUCAGUCCACAUGUGGUGCGCUACUACGGCAGCUACUUCAAGAACAGCGACCUGUGGAUUGUCAUGGAAUACUGUGGGGCCGGUUCCGUGUCCGACAUCAUACGCAUACGCAACAAGACGCUGAGCGAGGAGGAGAUGGCCAGCAUCCUUCAGUCCACACUCAAGGGAUUGGAGUAUCUUCACUUUAUGAGGAAAAUCCACCGUGACAUCAAGGCGGGAAAUAUCCUGCUCAACACGGACGGUCAGGCCAAGCUAGCCGACUUUGGCGUUGCCGGUCAGCUGACGGACACCAUGGCCAAGCGGAACACGGUCAUCGGGACACCCUUCUGGAUGGCGCCCGAGGUGAUCCAGGAGAUUGGCUACAACUGCGUGGCUGACAUCUGGUCGCUCGGCAUCACCGCCAUCGAGAUGGCCGAGGGCAGGCCGCCCUACGCUGACAUCCACCCCAUGAGGGCCAUCUUCAUGAUCCCCAGCAACCCCCCGCCGACGCUGCGUGACCCGGACGCGUGGUCGCCUCAGUUCCGGGACUUUGUGAGCCAGUGUUUGGUGAAGAACCCCGAGAAGCGGGCCACCGCCACACAGCUGCUGCAGCACGCUUUCAUCAAGGCGGCCAAGCCUGGCAGCAUCCUGAGAGCGCUCAUCAACGACGCCAUGGACAUUAAAGCCAAACGCCAGCAGGCGGUACACGCCGAGCGGGAUGACGAAAAUGAUGACGCCAAUUCUGAAGAAGACGACGAGGCGGACCAAGGGACCAUGGUGAGGGCGGGACCAGGUGGCUUGGCAACCAUGCGCGCCGCCACCACGUCAGGCCAACCAGACCCCAACGACCAGACGGGAAGCGUGCGCUCACAGUUGGGCACCAUGAUCAUCAACUCGGACGACGAGGACGAGGCAGGGACCAUGAAAAGGACGGACGAGGCGUCUCCGCCCGCCAAGCCGUCCUUCCUGGAAUACUUUGAGCAGAAGGAGAAGGAGGCCAGCAGCAGAGGAGUGGACCGCAAAGCACCGGCGGACGCCCAUCUAGAGCCGGCGAGUUCGUGGUCGGUGGAGGACCUGCGUGUGCGUCUGGCUGCCUUGGACCCGCAGAUGGAGCAAGAAAUGGAGGAGAUCCGUCAGCGCUACCAGGCCAAGAGGAAACCCAUCCUGGACGCCAUCGAGACUAAGAAGAGGCGACAGCGGCAGGACAACUUGUGACUCCGCUCACACGCCUCGAUGAACAUCAAGUACCGUCUUUGAUCGGCCCAUCAAAUCCAAAUGAAGAAGGC